CCCCGGUCGGCGCGCUCUCGGGGCGGUGGUUGAGGCGGCGGGAGGUGGGGACGCGGCGGCGCUGCUCGUCCGCUGCCGCCGGCACCGCGCGCGAACUCCGGUCCAUGGCACGCAGGGCGGCGGCCCCCGGAGCUGCUCGAGAGUCGCCGGCCGCGCGCGCCGCCGCGCCGCACUUUUAGGGCGGGAGCCGCGAGCCAGUCCCCGGCCGCCGCCGCCGCCGCUGCCUCCGCCGGCCCGGACAGCCAAGAGGGAGUUCCCCGGAGCGCCGCGGCCCGCCUUUCCCCAGCGCCCCGCGCCCGCGAUGAUCUUCCCCAGCGGCAGCGGCCACCCCGGCGCCGCCGGCGGCUGCAGGACGCCCUACCGCAAGCAGCAGUCUCUGGUCCCAGCGCACCCCAUGGCCCCUCCCAGUCCCAGCACCACCAGCAGUAAUAACAACAGUAGCAGCAGUAGCAACUCAGGAUGGGAUCAGCUGAGCAAGACAAACCUCUACAUCCGAGGCCUGCCCCCCAACACCACUGAUCAAGACCUGGUCAAGCUCUGUCAACCAUAUGGAAAAAUCGUCUCCACGAAGGCAAUUUUGGAUAAGACAACCAACAAGUGCAAAGGUUAUGGUUUUGUUGACUUCGACAGUCCUGCAGCAGCACAGAAAGCUGUCUCUGCCCUGAAGGCUAGUGGAGUCCAAGCUCAGAUGGCAAAGCAACAGGAACAAGAUCCUACCAACCUGUACAUUUCUAACCUGCCGCUGUCCAUGGACGAGCAAGAACUUGAAAAUAUGCUCAAGCCCUUCGGACAAGUUAUUUCUACAAGGGUCCUGCGUGAUUCCAGUGGUACCAGCCGUGGUGUUGGCUUUGCCAGGAUGGAAUCAACAGAAAAAUGCGAAGCCGUAAUUGGUCAUUUCAAUGGAAAAUUCAUUAAGACCCCGCCAGGAGUUUCUGCUCCUACAGAACCGUUACUGUGCAAGUUUGCGGAUGGAGGACAGAAGAAGAGGCAGAACCCAAACAAGUACAUCCCUAAUGGGCGGCCCUGGCACAGAGAAGGAGAGGUGAGACUUGCUGGAAUGACACUCACGUAUGACCCGACUACAGCUGCUCUCCAUAACGGAUUUUACCCUUCACCAUACAGUAUUGCCACAAACCGAAUGAUCAGUCAAACUUCUCUUACACCCUAUAUUGCAUCUCCUGUGUCUGCCUACCAGGUGGCAAAGGAAACCAGAGAAAGCAAGUAUCGGGGCUCUGCUGUCAAGGUGCAAAGUCCUUCUUGGAUGCAACCUCAACCUUACAUCCUACAGCAUCCUGGUGCCGUGUUAACUCCCUCAAUGGAACACACCAUGUCACUACAGCCCGCUUCUAUGAUCAGCCCUCUGGCCCAGCAAAUGAGUCAUCUGUCACUAGGCAGCACCGGAACAUACAUGCCUGCGACGUCAGCCAUGCAAGGAGCCUAUUUGCCACAGUAUACACACAUGCAGACAGCGGCGGUUCCCGUUGAGGAAGCAAGUAGCCAGCAGCAGGUGGCUGUGGAGGCAUCCAGUGACCAUUCUCCAUAUACCUUUCAACACAAUAAGUAACUGUGAGAUAUACCGAAGGGAGUUCUUACAUGAAGAAGGGUGUGAAGGCUGAACAAUCAUGGAUUUUUCUGAUCAAUUGUGCUUUAGGAAAUUAUUGACAGUUUUGCACAGGUUCUUGAAAACGUUAUUUAUAAUGAAAUCAACUAAAACUAUUUUUGCUAUAAGUUCUAUAAGGUGCAUAAAACCCUUAAAUUCAUCUAGUAGCUGUUCCCCUGAACAGGUUUAUUUUAGUAAAAAACAAAAACAAAACAAAAAAAACAAAAAAAUCAAAGAUUUUUAUCAAAUAUAAUGAUGCAAAAAAGAAAAAAAAAAAAGAGAGAGAAAACGAAAACUUCAAUUUUCUGGGUAUGCACAAAGACCACGAAGACUUAUCCAAGUGCAUGACCGGAUUUUUGUGGUUUUGUUCAUUUUGUGUUUAAUUUGUCUUUUUUUUUUUUUUUCGGCUGUAUGAAAUGGGCUUUCUGAAGUUCCGAUUGUCUCACUGCGCCCAUGGUGUUCUGUGCUUGCGGUGCGUGUGUUGCUGUGACUCGGUGUUGCCCUCGAUGUCUCUCCUUAGCUUUCCAUUUUUUUCUUUCGACGUAGUGUGACGUGUCUUAUCCUUUUCUAUGAAUUCCAAUUUGCCUUAACUCUUUUGAUGCUGUAGCUGUUUCAGUAAAGUUAGUUCAAACUAAUGGUGUAGAAUGCUUUGACCAAAUGGGCUGGUCUAGUACGCCUUGUAAAAAACUGCAGCAUAGGGCUUUUAAAAGGUAGUCAAUAAAAGUUGCUGAAAUUUUGGCUUUUUUAAAUAUGUAGUAGGUGUUUUUAAUGAUUUUUUUCACGUAACAAUGUGUAGGGUAGCAGAGUGCAAGAAGGGAGAACUGUCUCGUGUGAAAGACAUUUUCUGACGGGGGGGACUUUUAAUAGGGUAAACCGUUUGUAAGGCUGCACACCAACAGUUUCCUCUGCUAGUUUUGACCAGUUUAGGAUAUCUGCUGUAUGAUGCAAUGUAAAGUCUUUUUUGCCUUUUUUUCAGGAAGAAGAAAAAAAAAAACUUAACGAUGUUCUAGAUUUAGUGUAGGUAGCU